AAAUGGCAAAGCGUGAAAAGUAGAUGUUUACGACGCGCGCGUAACUGGUAGCAUUGUCCGAGUGAUGGACGGAGGCACGGCGCCCAGCUGUGGCGCAAAUCAGACACUGGAGCACCUGUCUUUGUCGACAAUUCCUGUUACCCAGCCGCCGUCUGCGACCCCUGUGCGAUCGGACGGGCCCGGCCUGCGGGCCUCCCACCCAGUGUCCGUAUGUGGGCCGCCGCCGGCGCCGGCCGCGGUGGCAGCGACGUCCCAGCAGCAGCAGCAGGUGAUGGAGAACAGGGUGCUGGGAGAACUGCCGGCCGAUCUGUUCUGCGGCGGACCCGACCCGUCCCGCAUCCCCGGACUGGUCAUCGAACAGGUAUCUGUGUCGGUGGACUCGUCCAGCCGCGAGCCGCCGCCGCCGCCCAGUGAGGAGGUCAUUGUGGUGGACGUCGACCUGGGCACGCCAGUCAGCGAGACGGGCGUCGGCCGACCCCUGCUCCAGUUCACCACUCCCGUCUCGGUGCCCUGCUCCACCGGCGCGGACGGCGGCGGCGGCCAGCCGGAGGCGCGCCCCGGCCGGCGCGGCCGCGAGCCGGCACUGCCGUCCAUGGAGACGCUCCGGCCGAGCGGCGGGGUCACCCUCACCCCGGUCUCACUGCCGGCCGCCAGCCGCAGCGUCGUCACAGCCGCCUCCGUCGCUGCGCCCGUGGUCCCGGUCAGCAGUGAGCCAAACUACGACGUCAUCAUGUCUUCUUGUCUGCCCAGCGGGCCGCUGGUACAACUCAACAAUGCCGACCUGGAGGUACUGCCGCUGCCCGCCUCGCACGCGCCGCUCGACGUCACCAGCUUCUGUACGGACUCGUCGGACGGUAUCGGCUCGCCGCCGAAGCUCGAGCUGCUCGGUGCCGUGCCGCUCUCACUGCCGCAGGUGGAGACUCCCCUGUCGACGGCCGCUGUCGUCUCGUCGACGCCGUCAGUGGUGGUGAGCUCGGCCGGCCGGCUGCCUCCUCCGUACCCACAGCGCGCCAGGGCGGCAGCGGGCACCGCGCGACUCUCGGCGAUCUGCCAACAGCUAGUCGAGCGAGUGGAGGCGCACAAGUGCUCGCUGUGCAGCUACGUGUCGCUCCAGAGGGAGGAUGUCACCGCGCACUUGCUGGCCAGUCACCGGCCAGAACUUGAGCGGCGCCGGUCGGGCGAGCGGCGUCGCACCGCUCGCUCUCCGCCGUCGCGAGUGGUCAGUGCCACCAGCGUGGCGCACUGUCUCGUCGACGCACACGGCAGGGUUCGUGUGCAGCCGCGGCCGGCGCCACAGCUGGAGGUCCCGGUAGUGGCCAGUCGCGAGAUCAGCCCGGACCCGCUGGAUAUCGGCCGUGUUAGUGGUGCUGUCAGUCCGACCGAGCCGCGGUUUGACACGGACUCGGGGAUAACCGACUCGGACGACCUCGAGGUGACCUGGAUGGGUGGUGGGAUGGCGGCGACAGACGAUGACCCGGAGCCCGCGGAACCGGAGCCCACAGAACCAGAGACGAACGGUGUGGAUGGGGCAGUUACGGUGCCGGUGUCGACGGCGACAACGACGGCGUCGGCGGCUGAGGAGGAGGAAGAGGAGGAGGACGAGGACGACCCCGAGUCGGGUCCGCGUGAGAGCCGCCGCCUGCUGGGGAUAGUGUCCUCCAUGCAGCCGUCGGUGCUGCAGGGAGUGCUUGCCGGUAAGAAGAAGGGUCGUCCGCGGGACUCUCGCUCGCUGGGCAUUAGCACACUGGCUGGUGGUAAGGGACGGCCGCCGCAGCGUCAGCUGGAGCGCGCGCUGGGGCUGCUGCUGUGCAAGGAGAAGGACUGUGGUGUGCGGCUGAGAGACAGUGAGAAACUGGACCAGCAUCAGCGCUGCCAUCUGUCGGAUAGUCCGAACGAGUUCGGGUGCACCGAGUGUAACCACACGACGAAAAAGUGGCGUCCUAUGUCGCUGCAUCUGUGGCGUGAGCACCAGAUCGAGUGUGACCUGUUCCACUGCGAUCGGUGUAAUUACAAGACGGCGCGAUACUCUCAGCUCAUCAAUGUUCACAUGCCGACGCAUGGGCAGGUCCGAAAUUAUUCCUGCGUCACGUGCCACAAGGCGUUCAAGACGGCCAAGCAGCUGCAGAACCACCGAGCCAAGCACCGGCACAAGCAGGACCCGGCCUACAUCGAGUCGUGUCGGUGCAACAUCUGUAACUCAAUACUCUCCGACCGACGUGCUCUGGCACUACACAAACAAAUGGUGCACGAAAAGAAGCGGCAGUUUCAGUGCAAGGCGUGUGGCCACGUCUUCAGCUGUCGCUCCUCGCUGGUGAUGCACGAACGGCAGCACUCGGGUCAGAAGCCAUUCGUCUGCGAGCACUGUCCGUACUCCUCCACCGACCACAACACGAUGCGCCGGCACAAGAUGCGACACACGGGAGAGCGACCGUACAAGUGUCCGCACUGUGACUACUCUUGCAUCCAAUCUACCACAUACAAGAAACAUUUACGGGACAAACACCCGGGCGAGGCAGUCGAUCUCAUCUUCUCCUGUCAUGUGUGUAUGUUCAAGACGAUCCAGCGCUCUGCGUACGUCCGUCACAUGCAAGAUCACCCGGACGCCGGCCCGCCUCCGGAUAAGCCCCCCGGUCCUCAGCCGGCCAAACCGCCUGCCGCCGUCUCUCAGCAGUCGGCGCCGGCGCCGCUGACGCUGCUCCAGCCGCAGGGGGAGCUGCAGCAGCACGUGGUACGGGUGCAGGAGGCGCCGCCACCGGCCCAGCCGCCGCUGCCGGUCGUCUCGGCCGGCUCGCUGAAGAUGGCGCCGGUGGCCGGCGGGCUGACCACCGCUACUGUGUACCAGCUGGUACCGCAGAGCGGCGGCCGGCCGCCCGUUAUGACCACCGCUCAGGUGCAGGUGGUGGCGCCUAUAGCGUCGGUCGGCCGGCCAGCGAGGGCCACGCGCGGCUCCCGUUCCGCUGGUGCCAGGAGGGCCGCGCAGUGAGCAGAUACCGCCAUCCGCUGGGUGAUCGGGGUGUCCUCAGAUGUGAGUCAGUGAGGGGUCCGCUGGCCGGCUGACGGCAGCAGUUAUCUCGGUUUUUGACAGUGUCGUGAUGAGGUGGCAUAGAUCAAACUGUGUAUUGUAUAUUACUUUUUUAUUAUUUUCUGGUUCCAGUGUCAGUUUUGUGUCGGGGUGGGUUGUUAGUGACACUGUGGCUGUGUUAUAUAUGUGUCAGGUGAACUGCCGUACUGUUCUGGCAGUGGCCUAGUGAAACUCUGGCUAACUGUGCGUUCUAUGACGGUGUCACAGCUGUUUUGGAGUUGUUUAUGUUUUUGAAGUUGUCUUUUUAAACCGUAGUCUCGAGGACCGCGAAUUUCAUUUCCUGCUCAAACUUUCAUAAGUAAGAUUGUAAAAAUCCUUUUUCCUAGGGAGACAUUGUAUUUGUCAAAAGGCUUGCUUUACAGCUGAGGAGCUUUUUCUCGGUGUAUCUUAUUCCUAAGACACUUCUCCUCAGUAAUUACUCAGUUUGCCACUCAUCGUAGUUACGAAAGAACUUGGUAUAAUUUUCCCCUAUAAUUAUUUGUUAGUUUUAUGCCAUUAUUACAUACCAGCAUCAGAUCGUGUGCCUUUGUUGUGCUUAAGCUGGUCUCUGUUUUCUUUGUUCUACCGAUACCAAGACAUCUCACGUGUUUAUUUAGGUAUUUCGGUCCAUGCAAUGAGACGAUAUCAAAUAUUUACGAUGUGCAGCUUGGUGUUUCGGGAAGAUAGUCGUUUCCUUUUGUAAACAUGUGACUGCCGUAUCAUUGUGGCUCAUUUGUAGAUAGUCUCAUCUCGCGUCAUUUUCAUUGGGAAGGGUGUGCCAUGUUCUAUAUACCAAUAUUAUUAUUAUAUUAUAUUAUUAUACCAAUAUGUAGCCAGUCGUGUCGUCAACCCACCAAGUAUGUUUUUUUGUGAUAUUGGUGGCUGCUUUUCCAAUUGAGAAUAUUCCGUUUUGUUCACACACAUAUAUUAUCCACACCGGUUACACGCUCGUCACAUAAUGAUAUCACACGAUGAGUAUUGUGAAAUGUGCGAACUUUGCGCAGUCUAGGACUCGCGUAUUGCCGGCAUGUUCUGAUAAAUCACUUAUAGCUAGUUUAACAAUGACACUUGAAGCCACUUGCAAAGAACAUAACAACCAGCUUCCCGUCGGCCCGGCGCCGGACCUCCAAUGUGCGGAUGAGUUGGAGCGUUUCACAGCGGCGCUCGACUGAUUUCCUAUCCAAUGUUGAUGCUCACUGUUUUGAUUUAUGAGUUUGGCCACACGGGCCGGCCUGAAGGUGUCAUGUGAGGUGCGUUUGUGGCGGGUGGCACCGGGCCGGGGAAGACACUCAGGUAGAGAAGAGGGCCCAGCCGCUGAGCAAGACAGCGGACUGGGUGGCAUGGCGGCUGCGCUGCGUGCGGAUUUCGUGGGACUGCCUGGCGGUCCCUGAGUACAAGUUUUUGUAAUAAAUGUGACUGGCCGACGCCAGCUCCCUGUGA